AUGAGUAGGAGCAAAGUUUUCUUUGAUAUUUCCAUUGACAACAAAAGUGCUGGAAGAAUUGUAUUCGAGCUGUUCAGUGACAUCACCCCGAGAACAUGUGAAAAUUUUAAGUCCCUCUGUGUAGGUGAUAAAGUAGGUUCCAAGGGAAAGAACCUACAUUACAAGAAUUCCAUUUUCCAUCGAAUUAUUCCUCAGUUUAUGUGCCAAGGAGGAGACAUAACAAAUGGAAACGGAUCUGGUGGAGAGUCCAUAUAUGGAAGAUCCUUCACUGAUGAAAAUUUUAAAAUGAAGCAUGACCAACCAGGAUUACUCUCUAUGGCUAAUGCAGGACCGAACACGAAUUCGUCUCAGUUUUUUAUUACUUUGGUUCCAUGCCCAUGGUUAGAUGGAAAGCACGUUGUUUUUGGAAAGGUCAUCGAGGGCAUGAACGUUGUAAGGGACAUGGAGAAAGAAGGCGCUAAUAGCGGCUAUGUCAAAAGACCAGUUGUCGUUACCAACUGUGGAGAAAUUUAA